AUGUGGGCACUAAUGAAGGUUGUGCUUCUUUGGACUCCUGUAAUAAUUAGGGGAUCAACCGUGGAAUUCAUCCUUAGAGCAGCAGCAGAAUCUUCGCUUUCUGUGAUAAUAAUCCACAAUGAUUACUGUCCGGACACCUGGUUAAAAACAAUAUUUCAAAAUAUACGAAAUCCAAUAGAGAUCCGCUCAGUUAGCCGUUCUUCCAAAAAACCCGUACUACACAUUAUUUGCCUGUCUGGGCAUGAACUGCAGCUGGAUCAGGAGCUUCUUCUGAAAGUGGCUAAGUCUUUGGAGGAUUUUCCCAAUGAGAAAAAGGUGCUCUAUAUAGCCAAUCGUUUUGCCAAUCGAACCAGAAUGGAAGCUCUUUUCCAAACCAGCUACCAACUUCGAAUUCGGAACGUAGUUGGACUCUUGGCUGCAGAUGAGCACAUCUUUAAUUACAGAUACAACCAGUAUCCCAGCUUCCGGAUAGAGCAACGCCCUCUCCACUUUUCACCUAUUUUUGAGCAGAGUUUUCCCAACAUGCAAGGCCAUCCACUAAUUGUGAUGCCCGACCAAUGGCUUCCGCGUUCUAUUCUUUACGUGGACAGGCGCACGGGUAAGCAGAUCCUAGCCGGAUCCGUGGGCCGCUUUAUCAACGUGCUGGCCUGGAAGCUCAAUGCCACUUUGCAGUUUGCUGAAAAGGUGACUCCCGGACGCUUUCUCCAAGCCACUGAGCUCCAGGAGCUGGGCAGGAGCAUGUCCAUAGAUGUACCGGCCAGUAUGUCAAUGUUGGGGCGAGAAGAGCAGUUGGCUCGCACCAGUUAUCCUCUGGAACUGACACACAUCUGCCUGAUGAUCCCGGUAGCCCAACAGAUUCCCCUGAAGGACAUUUACUUUCUCCUAAGCAGCGUUUCCAAUAUGCUCCUGGCCGUGGCCAUUGUGUUCACCUAUGGAUUGGUUUUGAGUUGCCUCCGUAAGUUGACAGACGAUGUCCAUCUGGUAGACUUUCUGCUGAACGACAGGGCUUUACGUGGAAUCCUGGGUCAGUCCUUCAGGAUGCCCUUACCGAGAAGGGCUCGUUUCAGCCGGUGGAUAUAUCUCAUGCUGGGAAUUGUGGGUCUUAAUGUGAGUAGUAUCUUUGAAGCAGCUCUUGAGACGAUGAUGGCGCAUCCUCCGCGGGAGUUUCAGGCCCGCAGUUUCGAUGAUGUCCGGCGCAUGCGAAUUCCGUUGGUUACGACUGAAGAAGACUUGCACACUUUGGUGGAUCUGCAUCUGUCCUUACUGGUGGUCAAUGUGAGUGAAUACCAUCACUUGAGAAGUGGGAGGAACUCCAGCAGUGCCUACUUCGCCUCUCGAUUGCACUGGACACUGUUCAGUGAGCAGCAGAAGCGCUUCACCCGGGAACUCUUCAUUUACUCCAUGGACGCCUGCAUGUGGUCCCUGGCUUUGCUUUCGUUUCAGUGGCCGCAGAGCUCCUGGUUCGCCGAGCCGGUCAGCAAGCUAAUCCUGGAGGUAAGAGCCAAUGGGCUGUAUCAGUUCUGGGUGGGAAUGCACCACUACGACAUGACGGAGGCGGGAUUGUCUAAUAUUGAGGAUCCCAGUAAGGAAACGGAAGCGACUAUCGCCUUGCGAGUGAUGGAUCUACAAUGGGUGUGGCUGGCCUACGGAACGCUCCUAGCGAUUGCGCUAGUGCUAUUGCUGCUGGAAGUUUUCUGGUCAAGCAUCUCAUCAUAUCUUUUCUCUCUAGUUUUCUGA